AUGGACUCAUUAUCCAACUGUGAUCUUCUACAAGCAUUCGAUGUAUACUGUAGCAAAGAAGGUGUGGCUGGCAACGGAGCUCUCAUGCGUCUUGCACCUGUACCACUAUUUUUCUGGCGACGUCCUGCAGUGGCCGUUGACUAUUCUGGCAUUAGUGGAAAAAUUACUCAUGGAGAUAAACGAGUUUAUGAUGCAUGUUGCUAUUAUGGAGCUCUUAUUGUAGCUGCACUUAACGGAGAAACGAAGGAUGAUUUGCUUAGUGAAAAAUUUUACACGAAUCAUCGAGAAUGGUUUGGUGAUGAAGAUCUUCAUGACGAUAUUAAGACCAUCGCUUGCGGUUCGUACAAGAAACCAGGUGGUUAUCACGAUGGAAUUCGAGGUAAAGGAUUCAUUGUGAAUGCUCUGGAAGCUGCUUUAUGGGCUUUUUGGAGUGAUGGGAACUCCUUUGAAACAGGUGCCAUUAACGCUGUUAAUCUCGGUGAUGACACUGAUACAACAGCAGCCAUCUAUGGUCAAUUAGCGGGUGCGCAUUACGGUUACGAGAAGUUGCCAGAAAAAUGGUUAAAUUGUAUCUACGCCAAAGAUUUUAUUCUAUGUGUAAGUAGCUGGAUUACCUAUGAAGGAGAAAGAUGGUUCAAAAACCAUACAGUUCCUAUCAUCAGUACACUUAUAAAUUCUUUUGAUAACACGUUGUAUAAUUCAAGACCAAGUGAUUCUAUAAAUUUGACGACACCACGCAUACGUACAAGCCUUGAAAUUACUUCAGGUCUAGACAUAGCGUUGGGCACAAUUGUACGCAAAACUAUCAAUCCUAAUGGUCGUAUUGGAGUCUUUUAUGAUGCAUGGCACGAUCGUAUUGUAGAAACAUCAAGUAUACAACUGAACAUAAAGGAAGGCUACUCAAAUUUACCUAUAAACGAAGCCACUACUACUGUACGCGAUUCUUUAGCACCAUCACCAAAACAAUUUGAUCUAUCACCAGCUUUGUCUUCUACGGAUCAGAAGAUUACUAUUGUUCUUAUAGGUAAAUCCGGUGUUGGAAAAUCGAUGUUAAUUAAUACUAUUGCCAAUUGCUUAAAAUUCAAGGAAUUGCCUCAAGUUAAGUCGACUUCAUCAGCUAUGCAUGUUGCUGUUCCGUUUCUCUUUCCCUUAAAGACUGAUAUAUGCUCGCGUUUCAUUUUAGUCGGAAAAGAUGACUCUAACGAAAAUUGUGGUCAUCGUUAUCCUGGUCAACCCAGAACUCAACGUUGCAAAUUACAUACAUUUGACAUCGAAAAUGGACAAAAUCUAUGUAUCGUUGAUACUCCAGGCUUUUCUGAUACAGGCAAUCAACCUUAUAAUGAAACAACUAUUCAACACAUUCUACAAUGCUUCUCCAAUGUAAAGCACUUGAAUGCUAUUUGCGUUUUGAUAGAAUCAGGCGACUCGCAACUCACUAACUAUCCACAAUUUUUGAAAUUGUUACUCGACUUCAUUGGACGAGAAGCAUAUGAAAAGUUAGUUUUCUGUUUCACUAAUUAUUUAUCCUGCCAAACUUAUGCUAAUCAAAGAAUUGAUCAAGUUCAUAAACUGCUUCAAUCACUAUCAUUUCAUAAUAUUACUACGAAAACGAAUAACAUAAUUUACUUCGACAGCAUCUUCUUUUAUCAUUCAAGUACAGCACGUCACUACGAUCGUCACGAACCGAAUCUUGAAAAAAGUUGGUCUAUUUCAAAGAAAGGAACGGAGUUACUUCUGCAAUGUCUUCGUCAAAUGGACCGUCCAUGUUUGAUAGAUCGACGAUCACAAAGAUUAGAAUAUGCAUCAAUUGAAAUUCUGCAGAUGAUUCGUCCAAUAAUGGAAACAAUGCGAAAUAUUCUUCGAAACCAUAUUCUACACAAGUAUGGAUCUUCAACGAAAUACAUCGAGCUCUAUCCAAAGAUUAUUCAACGACCUUCCGCUAUAUGCUAUUCUUG